CCCACCUGUCCUCCCAGCCUCCAAUCAGCUGACAGAUACGUCACGGCUCCGGCACUCAGGCUGACGUCACCCUGUAUACAGUACAACCAAGAUGGCUGACAACAUCCCGUUGCACCCGGUCUGGAAUAAUACGAACAAAAAUGCACGUUACAACGCGGGGAGACACCACAGAUAUCAAGUAGAAGAUGAGUCAUCUCAUUUGGAUGAGAUGCCCCUGAUGAUGUCGGAAGAAGGUUUUGAAAAUGACGAGAGCGACUAUCACACCUUACCGAGGGCCAGAGUUACCCAGAAGAAACAAGGACUUGGGUGGUUUGUGCUGGGUGGAUGGAAGUUGCUCUGUACCAGUUGCUGUGACUGGCUUGUAAACACUUGUCGGAGGAAGAAAGAGCUCAAAGCACGAACGGUCUGGCUGGGUUGCCCUGAGAAAUGCGAAGAGAAAUAUCCAAGGAAUGCAAUUAAGAAUCAGAAGUACAAUAUCUUUACAUUUGUUCCUGGGGUUUUGUACCAGCAGUUUAAGCUUUUCUUGAAUCUUUAUUUUCUGGUGGUUUCCUGUUCACAGUUUGUGCCAGCACUGAAAAUAGGUUAUCUUUACACGUACUGGGCACCUUUGGGCUUCGUUGUGGCAGUCACAAUGGUGCGAGAGGCAGUGGAUGAGUACAGACGAUAUCAGCGAGACAAGGAAAUGAAUUCACAAAUGUACAGCAAGCUCACAGUCCGAGGCAAAGUGCAGGUGAAGAGCUCUGACAUACAAGUGGGAGACCUCAUUAUUGUUGAAAAGAACCAAAGGAUUCCUGCUGACAUGAUUUUCCUUAGAACCUCAGAGAAAAACGGGUCCUGUUUUAUUCGUACGGAUCAACUAGAUGGUGAAACUGACUGGAAGUUGAAGAUUGCUGUUGUUUGCACGCAGAGAUUGCCAGCUUUAGGGGACCUUUUCUCAAUCAAUUCUUAUGUAUAUGCUCAGAAGCCACAACUGGAUAUCCACAGUUUCGAAGGCAACUUUACACGGGAAGAUAGUGACCCUCCUAUUCAUGAAAGUCUCAGCAUCGAGAAUACACUAUGGGCCAGUACCAUUGUGGCAUCAGGGACUGUAAUUGGAGUGGUCAUUUACACUGGAAAAGAGACAAGGAGUGUCCUUAAUACAUCAAACCCAAAGAAUAAGAUGGGGUUAUUGGAUUUGGAGCUGAACAGCUUGACAAAAGCCCUGUUUGCAGCAAUGGUGGUUCUCUCAGUGGUGAUGGUGGCUCUGCAGGGAUUCGUAGGGCCUUGGUUUCGCAACCUGUUCCGGUUUGUCCUGCUGUUUUCUUACGUCAUUCCUAUCAGUUUACGUGUAAACCUGGACAUGGGGAAAGCAGUUUACGGAUGGAUGAUCAUGAAAGAUGAAAACAUUCCUGGCACUGUGGUACGAACCAGCACCAUUCCAGAAGAGCUGGGACGAUUGGUUUAUUUACUAACUGAUAAAACAGGCACUCUAACACAAAAUGAGAUGGUAUUCAAGCGCCUCCACCUGGGCACAGUGUCCUAUGGGACAGACACAAUGGAUGAAAUCCAGAGCCAUAUCAUACAAUCAUAUGCACAGGGGACCAGCCAGUCUAAUGGAAGCAGUAACACUUCCACACCAUCCCGCAAAUCCCAACCAGCGGCACCAAAAGUUCGUAAGAGCGUGAGCAGCCGCAUUCACGAAGCUGUGAAAGCCAUCGCUCUGUGUCAUAAUGUAACUCCGGUGUAUGAAUCUCGUGCUGGGGUCAAUGGAGAGACCGAGUAUGCUGAAGCAGACCAGGAUUUCAGUGACGAGAACCGGACCUAUCAAGCCUCCAGCCCAGAUGAGGUGGCUCUGGUGCAGUGGACAGAGAGUGUCGGCUUGACACUGGUUAACAGGGACCUGACCUCAAUGCAGCUGAAGACCCCUGGUGGCCAGAUCUUCACAUUUUACAUCCUGCAGAUUUUCCCAUUUACAUCAGAGAGCAAAAGAAUGGGGAUCAUUGUUAGAGAAGAGUCUACUGGUGACAUUACAUUUUACAUGAAAGGAGCUGAUGUUGCAAUGUCUAGUACUGUACAGUACAAUGAUUGGCUAGAGGAGGAGUGUGGCAACAUGGCAAGAGAAGGACUACGCACUCUAGUGGUAGCAAAGAAAUCAUUGUCAGAAGAUCAGUACCAGGAUUUUGAGAGCCGUUAUAGCCAAGCCAAGUUAAGCAUACAUGACCGUGCUCUGAAAGUAGCUGCUGUGGUUGAGAGUUUAGAGCGUGAGAUGGAACUUCUCUGCCUCACAGGAGUCGAGGACCAGCUGCAGGCUGACGUGAGGCCUACCCUUGAGCUACUGAGAAAUGCAGGAAUAAAGAUAUGGAUGUUAACAGGGGAUAAACUAGAAACUGCUACCUGUAUUGCAAAAAGCUCACACUUGGUGUCCAGGAGUCAGGAUAUUCAUAUCUUCAAACCGGUGUUAAACCGAGGAGAAGCUCAUUUGGAGUUGAAUGCUUUCAGAAGAAAACAUGACUGCGCUUUUGUUAUUUCAGGGGACUCGCUAGAGGUCUGCCUGAAGUACUACGAGCAUGAGUUUGUGGAGCUGGCAUGCCAGUGCCCAGCAGUGGUCUGCUGUCGAUGCUCUCCCACACAGAAAGCCCAGAUAGUGAAGCUGCUGCAGCAGCACACUGGCAAGCGUACCUGUGCAAUAGGUGAUGGAGGAAAUGACGUUAGUAUGAUCCAGGCAGCUGACUGUGGAAUUGGAAUAGAAGGAAAGGAGGGGAAACAAGCAUCUCUGGCUGCAGAUUUCUCCAUCAAGCAGUUUAAGCACAUUGGCAGGUUACUGAUGGUCCACGGCCGCAACAGCUACAAGCGUUCAGCUGCCCUGGGUCAGUUUGUCAUGCACAGAGGCCUUAUCAUCUCCACAAUGCAGGCUGUAUUUUCUUCAGUAUUCUAUUUUGCAUCUGUUCCCUUGUACCAGGGAUUUCUCAUGGUGGGGUAUGCAACAAUCUACACAAUGUUUCCAGUUUUCUCAUUAGUUUUAGAUCAGGAUGUAAAGCCAGAGACUGCUCUCUUAUAUCCUGAACUUUACAAGGACCUCACAAAGGGUCGAUCGUUAUCGUUCAAGACUUUUCUCAUUUGGUUUUUAAUUAGUGUGUACCAAGGUGGUAUUUUAAUGUAUGGUGCGCUGCUGCUGUUUGAGUCAGAGUUUGUGCAUGUCGUGUCCAUUUCCUUCACUGCCCUGAUAUUGACAGAGUUGCUGAUGGUUGCACUGACCAUCAGGACGUGGCACUGGUUAAUGGUUUUCGGAGAGUUCCUCAGUCUUGGCUGCUAUGUGGCCUCCCUUGCCUUUCUCAAUGAAUAUUUUGGUAUAGGCAGAGUGUCAUUCGGAGCUUUCUUAGAUGUCGCCUUUAUCGCAACCCCGACCUUCCUGUGGAAAGUGUCAGUGAUAACUGUUGUGAGCUGUCUUCCACUUUACAUUCUCAAGUACUUGAGGCGCAAGUUCUCCCCUCCAAAUUACUCCAAGCUUACCUCAUGAACGUGACAAGUUUCCCUCUUCAUGCCCCUUCAGUUGAAUUAAGACUCGGCACUUUGAGAAGGCACCGUAAUGCAGGGACUGCUGUUUGUUGUCAAUGGUCCAUGGACCAGGACUAUAGAAACCAAUGAAAACAUGUAAACAGAGCACAAAGAGAGAAAAGUAAAAAAAAAUUACAUGCAAGGCACUUCGAAUGGACAGGAACUGCCGACAUUUUUUAUUGCCUUCCGAAUUUCUGAUUUAUCACCAUUGAUAUAGUUUCUACACAACUCUGUCAGUUCAUCACAUUAUUUUUUGUACUUAAUUCUUCCAUUAAACAAAUCUUAUUUCCAAACCUUUUUAUUGCUAAAACAUUGAUCUCAGUAGAUUUAAGUUGAUUUCAGAUUAUUUCCAUUGUUUUUUGUCAGUGAACUCAUUCCACGAUUCCAUUGUAAAUAAUGAUUCAUAACCGCAGCUUAUAAAUGUCUCCAGACUAUACUUUGUACAGUAAUUAUUUGCUGUGAACAUUAUCUGUACUAUAGCAAAUAUUAACAAUAACGCACUACUAGAAUUAAGUGCAUACGCUAUUGCAGCAUUACAAUAUUAUUUGUUCUGGGAACAAUUGUUUAGAUUGCUUUUCCCAACACUGUCCUUCACAUUCUGAUUUAAAAGUAGGAGAACGUCAAAAAAUCCUAAAUGUACAUGAAAGCCAAGUUGCACAAACUUGAGUAAUCUGUACUUCAUUUCUUUGUAACAAUGACAAACUGAACUCAUUUUAAAAAGCCUUUGCCUGUAAUAUACUGUAGUUGUGUUGGGAAAUACAGUUUAUGUGUACAGCAGUUCUAAACUUGAUAAAUACUUCCAGGCUAAGUAAGAGCACCACAUGUACCUGUAUAUGUCCCAUAAUCGCAUAAUUGAAUGCUUGCUUUGUAAUUUAAAAGCCUUGAAAUCCCUGUUUACUUCUGUUACUCAGGUAAAUUACUUAUCAAACCGUAGGUUUCUUAGAAAAAGGAAAACAAAUCCCUUUACCAAAUCAAUGGCUUCUGGACACAAAACAUGCCUACAUACAUAUAUACUGUAUGUGUAAAAACAGCCUAAAACUACAGUAUUUCAUUCAGGGUAUCAACGUCCAAUACACCACAAUCCAGCGCAAUGUAUUACAGAUGUCUAUAACAUGUAUUCUGCUUUUAAAUGUGCUCAGUAAUUUGUUAAGACAACUGAAAGCUCUCAGCACUUUUUUCCCAUUGUACAAUAUUAAAAGUAACAAUCAACUUUGAUGGUUUAGUUGGGUAUAGUCUACCUUUCUAUAGUGUGUACCUUAUUAGUGUAUUUUAGACAAUGUUAGUGUAUACAAUCUUCCACAGUGUCUUUUUUUGCCAGCCAUUCCUAUGGAGCAUCA